CUCUCAUUCAAACCUUCACAAGACUCCAAUUCAUAUGCUAUGAUCAUCUCCCGUGGCGAAUAUUUCAAGAAACUCAUCUGUUUGAUAUGUAUAUGGACCCUAGCCACCUUCUUAUCAGCGAAGGAGUUCUUGAUGCUGGUGGUGGUGCUGCUGCUGCUGACAGGUUUCCGCAAUGGAGUGUACAAGAAACAAGGGAGUUAUUGAUGGUUAGGGCAGAACUGGACUCAAAGUUCAUGGAGACAAAGCGUAACAAGCUUCUAUGGGAAGUUAUCUCUACAAAGAUGAAGGAGAGGGGUUAUAAUCGCAGUGGUGAUCAAUGUAAAAGCAAGUGGAAGAAUCUUGUUACGCGUUACAAGGGAUAUGAGACGAUGAAGCAAGAAGGUACGAGGCAACAGUUCCCAUUCUACGAUGAGUUACAAACGAUCUUCGCAAAUCGCAUGCAAAGGCUCCUGUGGAUGGAAGCAGAAGGUGUUGCAAGUGGAUCCAGGAAAAGAGAGAUGAAGUUUGCUUCGGACAAUGAUGACAGUGAUAUGGAGAAGGCGAGUGGAAGUAAGAUCACAAAGAAGAAGAAGGGUAUAGAGAGUAGUAGCCAAUGUAACCCCGAAGAUACAAGCAGCAACGUGAUUAGUAACUUGAAGGAUUUAUUGGAAGAGUAUAUGAAACAUGAAAUGCAAUCGAUGGAAUGGUAUAAGGCAAAAGAAGAAGAGAGGAGGAUGAAGGAGCUGGAGUGGAGGCAGGCAAUGGAAGCAUUAGGCAAGGAGAGAACAAUGUUGUAUGAGAGAUGGAGGGAAAGAGAAGAGCAAAGAAGCAUGAGAGAAGAAGAUAGAGCGCAGAAGCGAGAUGCUCUUGUAACUGCACUUUUAAAUAAGCUUAGAUCUCAAGGCUUAUAGAUUCAAGAUUAUCCGAUUCUAUACUUGUACAUUGAUAGCCAAUCCCAAUCCAACGGUUUGACAUCCUUAACAAAAUAUGCAUCUACUUUUUAAUACACACAACUCAUGCUUUAGUUAAGCAUCUGUGUAUUUCAUACAACAUACAUUCUUGUUCAUAUUUUAGAAAGAUAUACUAAAGCUUGUGUUUAUGCAUGAACACAAACGGUAUAUAAUGGUCAUAGGUCCAGAGAAGGAAUGGUGCAUGGAGUGACUUUUCUGAUACUCAUGUAAAGACG